AUGGCUGACAAAGUCUCGGCCAUCCUGCCCUGCCGCGCCUCGGCGCCGGACCUGCGGCGGAGUCGCCUGGAGAAGCUCCUGGAGAAGCAGGCGGGGAAAUCGACCCCUGCUCCUUCAGAGAUCAGUAGGGCCUCCUCGGUUCGCCGCGCGCCACCGGGUGGGGCACCCUACAAGCUGGCGCCGCCCGUACGGCUUCCCACCGGUGCCUCCAAACCAAGCUCGCAUGGUCGACUCACCAGUGCUGCCACAGAAGCUUUGCGGUUUCCUACUGCGGAGUCGUCGGUGCCUGCCAUCGCGCCGCAGCAUCCCGAAUCUUCCAGUCGCUUGCCGACGGGAAACUCUCGAAAGGUGGAAGAACAGGUGGGGUCCUUCAUCAAGCAGUUGGUGGGCGAUGAAGGUGAUGGCAUGUUACACUGGAGACUGGUGAACGAAAUGGAUGCGAUCGAUGGAUUGAUCCAGGACAACAUCGAGAAACAUCGCGCUGCAGAGCAAAAAGCCAGGCAGCGAACGGUGUUGGAGGAGCAGGUGCGAGAAGCACGGCAGAAGGACCAGGACCUGAAUUUGUCGCGAAUGCAUUGGGGAACCCAGAUCCAGGCGGAUGCUGCCCGGUGGCAAGAAGAAGAGAGAUUAAAGAAGCUUCGUCAGCAGGAGACCCUGCGGAAGUUCAACGAGGAGCAAGCGCGUCACGCUGAGGCCUCGCGUCGGCGCCGCGACGCGGAGGCGGAACAGGUGGCCAUGAUCGAGCGGGACAUGGCGCAGCAGGCCUUGGACGCGAAGCGCCGCUCCGAAGCCGCGGAGGAGCAGCGCAAGAAGAAGCAGCAGGAGAUGGCGCGGCAGAUGGCCGAUGCGGCCAAAGAAGCGGCGGAACAAAAGGUGCUGAGAAAGCAAGCAGAAGCGCAGAAGGACAUUGCGAUGAUGAAAGCUCAGAUCGCGGUGAUGGAAGAGCAGGAGCGGCAACGUCCCUUGGGCAAAGAUCCACUGGGCCGUUGGUGA